AUGACGUUGCAGAGCAUCCGCCCGUCGGUUGUCCGCCACCUUCGGACUGCGGCGGCUGCCCGGCCGUUCUCCGCCCAGUCGGUCCUGCGCCGCGCGACCCAGGAUGCCUACAUUCUGAGUGCGUCGCGGACGCCGACGGCCAAGUUCAACGGCGCGUUCGUCAGCGUGCCGGCGCCGCGGCUGGGCGCCGUGGCCAUCAAGUCGGCCGUCGAAAAGUCCGGCAUCCCCGUCGACAAGAUUCAGAACGUGUACUUUGGCAACGUCCUGCAGGGCAACGUCGGGCAGUCGCCCGCCCGCCAGGCGGCCAUCUUUGCCGGGCUGCCGACGUCGACCGAGGCGACGACGGUCAACAAGGUGUGCGCGUCCGGCCUCAAGGCGGUGGCCCUCGCGGCGCAGGACAUUGAGCUGGGCCACAGCGAGGUGCAGGUGGCCGGCGGCAUGGAGAGCAUGUCGCAGGCGCCGUACUACGUCCCGCGCGCGAGCGGCCUGCCGGCCUUUGGCAACGUCACGCUCGAGGACAGCCUGAUCAAGGACGGCCUGACCGACGCCUACGACCACCACCACAUGGGCAUCUGCGCCGAGACGACGGCCAAGAAGCACGGCAUCACGCGCGAGGACCAGGACGGCUACGCCAUCCGCUCGUACGAGCGCGCCAAGGCCGCCUGGGACGCCGGGGCGUUUGCGGACGAGAUUGCGCCCGUGACCGUGACGGACAAGCGCAAGAAGACGGAGACGGUCGUCGACACCGACGAGGGCUUCCUGGACGUCGACGUGGCCAAGGUGCCCAAGCUCAAGCCCGCGUUUCUGCGCGACGGCUCCGGCACCGUCACGGCCGCCAAUUCGUCGAGCCUCAACGACGGCGCCUCGGCGCUCGUGCUCGGCAGCGCCGCCGUCGCCCGCGCGUAUGCCAACGGCGGCACGUCGCGCGUGCUGGCCAGGAUCUGCAGCUACGCGGACGCGGCCGUCGAGCCCAUCGACUUCCCCGUGGCGCCGGCCAAGGCCGUGCCCCUUGCGCUGCAGCGCGCCGGCAUCACCCAGAAGGACGUGGCCGUGUGGGAGUUCAACGAGGCGUUUGCGGCCGUCAUCAAGGCCAACGAGAAGAUCCUGGGCCUGGACGCGGGCGCCCGCGUCAAUGCGCUGGGCGGCGCCAUCGCGCUGGGCCACGCGCUCGGCAGCUCCGGCUCGCGCAUCCUGGUGACGCUGCUGCACCAGCUCAAGCCCGGCGAGUACGGCGUGGCGGCCAUCUGCAACGGCGGCGGCGCGGCCACGGCCAUGGUGGUGCAGCGUGUCGAGUCUGUGUAG